AUCGCCAUUCGCCCAUCACAUCAUUCGCGCUCGAACCUCCACCGCGUACGCACGUAAUGGCGAACCCGCCCUCCGCAUAGACGCGAGUGCAGUGACAAUCAGUGCCGAUCGGAACUAUUACCAACCAUCAUGAACCGGAACAGCGGCGAGUCGAGCGCGUCUCCUACGAGAUGGUGCUUCCUUCUUCUGUCAUUCAUCAUCGGGCUGUGUGCCGCUGGUCCACUGGGGCCAUUGCCGAACGUAACGAGUGUGGAUUUGGGUCUAAAAGAAAAUAGCUGUGCUCUGGGUGAUGUGGUGUACAUGUCUGGGGACGAGUUUCCAGGAGCGAGUGCAUGCGAGAAGUGCAAGUGUUCUGGUGGCAAUGUGGCGUGUGAGAAGCAGAUCUGUGAGCCCAGGCCUGGCUGCAAGGCAGUCCACCGACCAGACCACUGCUGCCCUACAUACCAAUGCGAGUGCGAGCAAGAAGGUCGAGUAUACGGUAAUGGGGAGAAGCUAAUAGACCCCCAGGAUCCUUGCCGGGUCUGCUACUGUCAGGGCGGGGAAGUAGUCUGCAGACGUAUUGCAUGCUUUGUGCGUGACGAUUGUCAGCCCCGACUUGUUGCAGGCCGUUGCUGUCCGGAAUAUGACAACUGUCCAUUACGAGGAGUAACGACGCUUCAAGGUAUAACUACACCAACAUACACUACUACAACUACUGAAAUUAGCAUGAGUCUUGUACCAGUUGCAGAGCCAGCUAAACCAGAAAUUACAAUCAAAGAAAUUACACCAGUCUCAGAAAUCCCAUUUAAAACUGACGUCAAAGUAAAAGAAAUCAUACCGUCAUCCAUGGAUAUGUCUGAAUAUACGUCAUCCAAGUCCCAAGUUAUUCCACGCGAAGCUGCAGUGGAUGGUAGUUCGACAUUCAAUGAUUUACCAAAGCAUGAAACUCCUCUCACGGAAGUCUCAUUAGACACCAAGUUAUCUACAGAAAGUUUUGAUUUUAAGGAUAGCAAUAACACAUCACCUGCGAAAAUUAAUUUAUCAACUCAAGAUUUAAGUGAUAGUGCAUUGAUUCCUUCUAAAAUACCAACUAUGGCUAUAUUCUUGGGUUCACCGGCUGAACCGGCAAUUUUAAAUCCCCAAACAACUAAGUCUCCAAUAAUUGAAGAGGAAGACCCUUCUUUGUUUGAUCACAAUCCAGCUUUUCCACCCAUACCCGAUGAUCUCUCUGUUAUUGGCAAUCACGAAGAUGAAAUUUUACCAGAACUAAAUGUAGAAAAUGAACAUACAUAUGUACAUGCUACUAGCGUAGCAUCACAUCAUAAGAUAUCAACAGAAUCCCCAAUAAUUAUAGAAUCGACUAGUGCGGGCUUGUUGGUUUCAAGUGAAUUAUUUAAUUCCGAUAAUUCGUCUGAAGGCGCUUUUAAGACCACUACGACAAAUACCGAUUUUUCGGAUUCAACCACUUUGAAAGAAAAUUCAAUGUUAAAUUUAAGGUCAGUUUUACCAACUGAAAUCUUAAAUUUGCCAUCUUUAAUACCAGAUGACGACUCAACUAUUGAAAACGACGGCACGACUGAAGUGCAAGUUACAAAUACUUAUGUGGAUACUAUAAUUACAACCACACACCAAACUGCAAUCCAAUUAAGUGAUAUGAUUACGAAAAAUCCCAUUAAUCUUAAUAUUGGUGAAGUUUCAGCAACGACAGAUAGAAUAUCACUGUCAUCAGAAAAUACUUUCUCUACGAUUGCAAGAAAUCGGAUGGCAACAAAUAUAGAAAUAACAUCAGAAAAGCAUCCGAGUUCAUUAUUAAUAGAAACAAGUGAUCAAAAUCCUCAUGAUGUAGUUGAAAAGAUUUUAGAUGAAACCUUCACAUCGUCUACUUCUGACCCUUAUAAAGCGGAGCAGACUUCUGAAACAGUUACACAAUCCAAAGCUUUGCCUGAACCUAAUAUUUCCCUGGAAAAUGUGGAAACAACUGAGUUUAUUAUCUCGCCUUAUGGAUCACAAGAAAGUGUGACUGAUAAUGUUGAGUUAAUUAAAAUGAUACCUGACACCGAAAAAAAAUCUCCUUUACUAGAUACCCCUAAAAGCAGAAAAGAUGAUUUACUAAUUAAUGAUCUAAUUAAAUUAGUAGGUGAUGUAGCAUCUAUCAGUAACCGCACUGAUGCCACAGAAAGUGAACAUGGAUCUAUUCCUACAACUAUUUCUGAUUCAGAAGAGCUAAUUCCAGUUAAUGCUGGUUAUAAAAGUAAGAAUAACAAUAAUUGGAAUUUAAACUCGAUAACUGAAGUACCAUUUAAGACAAAGACCUCUCAAAAUAAACAAAAAAUUAUUGAGAUAGAAGACGAUGGUGUGGAUGGCAUUACCGAUUUUCCCCCUCCACAUGACAAAAUCGAGCCCACAACCAAAGAGCCGAUUAUUGACAAUGUUUCUGAUCCUCAAAACAAGACAAAAAGUAAAGACAGGAAAGACUUUGAAAUUAUAACUAAAUCUUACGUUCCAACUAUAAAUAGAAAACCCACAAAAGUUGUUAUGGAAAAGAGCGAUGAUAAGAUAUCUUCUGAAGUAACUACCGGAAUCCAAGACAAUCCUUCUUCCACGCCUGGAAUGGAUGAUCCUAUUACAUCACUGUCUGAAUUCACAACACAAGAUGGUUUCUCAUCAACGGAAGUAGUCACGGAAGUAGGGUCACUAGAAAAUUUAGGCAUCAUUGAGUGAUCUGGGGAUUAUCGUGUUGUAAUCUCAUCCAGCAUUUUUAACGCAGUGUCGUUGUUGAAACUAUAAGUAUUGUAGAGACUAUUAGUGUUAGUAUAAUCUCUGUCAAAUUAAUUAAUUAUAUUGUUAAUUGUUGAGCCAAUUUAGAGCGGUCGUGCUAUAUUUAUGUUUACAUAUUAUAAAUAAGCGCUAAAAAGAUGGCUGAAUUUGUAAUUCAUUAAGUUGGAUAAGUAAUUUAUAAAACUGCUUGGAAAACAGACGAGCUAGAUAUAGCUUUUCGUAUCUCGCGUCCAUUAGUUAUGACAGAGAAGCUUUUGGUAUUAGAUUAAGUUAUUUAUUCUAGAAACAGCAGUAGAAUGAUAUAAUGUAAGAUCCGACCAUAGUUUCUGUGGAUAAAAAGACAUAUUACACUAUACAAAUGACAUUACUUUUGACAAAUGAAUAUACGAUACUUCUACAUACUUUCAUGUUCAUAUAUUGUACAUGAAGUAUUUGGAAAAUAAAUGUUAUGUGUGUCUGUCUGUUUAUUUUUGAAAUUGUAAAGUUCAUUAUGGCAAAGCCCAGUUCCACAGAUAUUUUGGUCACGCUGUGAGCAACCAAGCUAGUCAUCAAGUGACAGGGACGACCACUCGUUCAAUAUCACCACGUUGCCAUUCCGCAAGCUGAGCGUCUUCGAUCAUUCCAUUAGAAUUAGUUCCUCUAGUGAAUAAUGAACAAACUUAGCCAAUAUUUAGUGACCAAAACGCCCAAAUGAAUGAAAAUUAGGUACAAAAAAUGUAAUUUAGAACGUAAUUCUUAUGAUAUUAUAUAUCUAUAUUAGAGCGUAAUGUGAAAGCACAUUAUAUUUACUUAUUGCACGAUAUUCAUGUUAUAUGUCGCUUUUAAGUAACGCUCAAUGUUAGUUUAAAUUUUAUGAACGUAAUAAUAUUCUGAAUUCAAUUUCCUGAUUAAUUUAUUGAAGUUAAGGAAUAGGAUAGAGACCACCCAUGUCUGUUCAUUUAUACAGUGUAAAGCAUAUAUUUCUUGAAUGUUUACAAGUUUGAAAUUCUCAUCAAAUUAACACUUAAUUCACGUUAUCUUUCAAUUUUAAAUAAAGUAGCUGUAACAUCUUCUUUCUGCGUUCUCCAUUUUUACCGUACGAUAACUCUUUGGUAUUGUAAAACAAUUUUAGUUGGUAUAAGAUAUUAUAUUUGGUUCGCUAAUGGCUAGGCGGUCUCGAAUGCCACUUUUUGCUCCGGAAGACCGCGUCUUUUCCCGAGCAAAAAGCGCACAUGUUUGUAACAGUAUAUAUUUAAUGAUUUUAAUUGUUUUUUUUUUACAAAUAAAACAAAUUAGACUGAA